CAGACGUGAAACAAGCUUCGAGGUUUUCCGCUAUAGCCUAGACCAGCCAUCUGUGGUUUUUACAAUUACAGAGCGCCUAAAACUUAUGGCUUCCUGUGCAAUUAGUUGCAGAUCUUUGAACUUUUUGAAAAAUGUGUUCCUGCUUGGCAUCAUGAAGAUUGCAUCUUUUAAUGUGCAAAAGCUGGGCAAAAACAAACUGGAAGACAAGAAUACGGUUAAAUAUCUCAUAAAGAUUGUGUCCCGGUACAGUAUCGUUGUCAUCCUUGAGGUCGUUGACAAGUCUGGAAAGGCGAUGGAAAAGUUCCUGAAGGAGCUAAACAGAACAGGUGCUAAUCGGAGACAUCCGUACAGUAUGAGAAUAAGCUCCAGGCUGGGACGAACUGUUUAUAAGGAACAGUUUGUCUGUCUUUACAGACAAGAUGAGGUGAGUCUGAUUGACACCUAUCAAUAUGAGGAUGACCAAGAGGGAGAUGAAGAUGCCUUUUCACGGGAGCCUUUCAUUCUCCACUUCUCCUGCUCCAAAACAGUAAUCAAAGAUCUGGUGCUCAUCCCUGUACACACAAAACCAAAGGACUCAGAGAAAGAGUUGGAUGAGCUGUAUGAUGUAGUCCAGGCUGUAAUGAAGAAGUGGAGCACAGAUAACAUUAUGAUCCUGGGAGAUUUCAACGCGGACGGUGCCUAUGUUUCCAAGAGGAAAAUGAAGAACAUCAGGAUCCGUAGUGACCCAGACUUCCACUGGCUGAUUGGGGAUGAUGUGGACACCACGGCGAGUCUGUCCAAUGACCACACCUACGACAGGAUUGUGGUGUACAAGGAUGACAUGCUCAAAGGUAUUGUGCCAAGGUCUGCCAAACCUUUCAACUUCCACGAGGCUUAUGGCAUAACAGAGGAAGAGGCUCUGGAAAUCAGUGACCACUACCCUGUGGAAGUGACUCUGAAGAAAAAGUCGUCAGCAAAGCCUGGAGCCAGGGCCAGGGCCAGGGCCAAAGCAAAGACAAAAAAAUCCAGAUAA